AUGACUUUAGCCCGUCGAUAUUCGCUUCCAGCGACGGGCGUUCUGUCCUUUUUUUCCUAUCUGGAACAUCAGAUAGUGGACGAUGUUCGGCGAGGGAAUACGACCACUGUUGCUCUCGUUCUGUUCGUCGGUUACGAGUGGUCGAGUCACAUUCGUGGACUACAUCGUAUGGACAAUAUGUUUAAAGAUCGAUUCUUUCAAGCUUCUUUGUUGGCCAAGCCCUGUGUAAUGGUGGCUGGCUCGCGAACGUGCAUUCCGCUGUUUGGCGGUCUAAUGCUGGGGGUUCUGCUUGCUUUGCUGUUGUUCUCAUCAGACGAUACACCCUCUUUAGGAAAUGUAAUGUGUCCCCUUCGAAGUGUUUCGCAGAAGCGAUACGUUGAUGUGAGUGAACAUUGGGAAGUUCAUCUGGAUAAUAUGCCUUCUCCACCACCGAAUCAGGACGCGACGCCAAAGGUGGUACGUGCUAGAUUUGCCGCCACUGAACUGGGCAUUCGAGAACGGCUUAUGGUAGGAGUACUAGCUGAGUCGUCCUUAGCAGUGGCGAUGAAUGCGUCACUUGGACGACAUGUUCCUAGAAUCCAUGUGUUUGCCGAUGCAAGUCGCAUAGAUACUGAUCUAGCACAUCUCACCAAUCUUAGUCCUUAUAAGCCUAAUGGUCAAAAAUCGCAUAUUUUUGUUCUGGGACUGAUAUUCAACAUGACAUUUCAUGAGAACUUCGAUUGGUUUUUAUUAGUACGCGACUCCACAUACAUUAAUCCAUUCGAAUUGAAUCGCUUGAUCAAUAGCGUGAACUGGAAUCAACGAGUUCUGAUAGGUCAGCCUGCGUAUGAUGGCAGUGGCAGGUGUAUGUUGGACGCCGGCGUGAUUCUUAGCAAUCCAGCAAUGCAGAAAUUAAUUCAGUGGGUCGUAGUCCGAAUUCCUAGUUUUUUGCUAAAACAAGUUGAUAAGAAUGGAAAGCCAUGUAACUACUUUUUUCGUUCAGGUCUUCUGCCACACUUCGUAUAA